AUGGGCGCCUGCCAGUUCUCAGGAGGAAACGGUGUCAUGGACUUGGUGCUUCCGGCGGUGAUGGACAAGCUUGACGGCCAGCCCCGUCCAGCGUCAGUCCCGUCCCGAUUUCCGCGUGGGGAGACACGACCACCUGACUUGACACCUGACUUGACACCGGAAUUCGACGCCAAGGUGCGCUGCGUCGAUGAAACUACGGCAGGAAUCACCUGCAACGAGAGAGAGACACUCUCCGACAUUCUUACACUCCUUUUGAUCUCCCACCAGAUCACACAAAUACGACCAAUUGACUCACGCCCUGAAUUUGAGCCUUUUGCGCCAACCAGCCUUGCCAGAGAGUUCCCCUGA